AUGCUCCAUGAGAUCCUUCUCUCCCUCUCGGGCCAACCCUCGCCACUGCUCGACUUGGAGCCUGAAAGUAAUGGCGCGUCUUCGAAUCCAUUCCCUCUUCUGUCGCCACCGGAGAAAGCGUUGCUUGCCUCACUCGCUCGCCUAAGCCGACUGCAUGCCCUUCUCCGCACCCAUACUACCCUUAUAUCCUCCUCCCACCCGUCGACGAUUUGCCGCGCCGUAUCCAGUGCCAUAUCUAUUGAAGGGCUUGGAAAAUUUCAGAAGCAGAUACUCGAUGUCGAAAGAGCGGUUUUAGGCAACGAUAGCAAUUAUGUCGGCGGCUAUGGGAUCGUGCCGCUUUCCACGUUGGUCUCGGAAUUUUCUCCUUGGACGCGGAGGUUGGAGUGGCUAUGGGGUGUGGCUUGCUUCAUCUUGCCGGAGUCUGCUACAAAGGAACCAACUACCACCACGAAUGGUGCUAGUCUCAUUGACUAUCUUCGUGCCGAAUCGCAGACCGGUUAUCUGGAUUUGCAAGAGAUCGCCUUGCAACUCAUCAAAGCUGCCGAAACAGCCUGGAUGCGACAAUUGUCAAUGUGGCUUUUGUACGGAGAACUACCGACAUUUGGCAAGGAAGACUUCUUCAUCCAGGCGACUGAAGUUGAGCUCGAGGACGAUGAACUGAGCUUUUCAGGCAAGGGAAACGUGGACUACGUGUUACAUAACGACUUGUUGCCGAACUUCGUCUCAACCUCGACGGCAUCUUCGAUCUUGUUUAUUGGAAAAUCUCUAAAUCAUAUUCGCAGUCAGAGAAAUCGCUCGACUGCCGACAAUGCGACAGGAUCAAUCACAGGUAUCACUCUGGAGACAGACCAUCUUAGGCAAUUAUCGUCUCUCAAGUCGCCAAUCUCAACUUCACUGCUUGCAAGUUCUGUUACAGCUAUUAGGCUCUCCGUCUCUCAGAGCUCGCUAUCCAAAUUAUUGCCUCUGCCAAAGAUUAUCGAGAUUCUCUCUCUAAUCCAUGAUUUUCUACUUCUCGGUCGUGGCGAAUUUGUGACAUCGCUCGUUUCAAAUGCUGACUCUAGACUUCAAGCACGGAUGACAAGACCCGGAGGCGCGGCCGCUGGUUUAGAUGGUGUUAUUAUCAAAGAAGGAGAGGUUGCAGCAGCGCUAGCGCAAACAUGGACUGAACUCUAUGCUCUGCAAAGCGAAGAGGCCCCGGUGGACGAAGAGCUAGACCUCGCACGGGAAUUGCUAAGUCUUUCUAUACAGCCUACAAAGAAAAGCGAUCAGACAGCAAUCCUUUCUCAGGAUAACACAGGCACAGACGCGACGAAAAUCUCAUCGAUUUCGUUUGCAGAUCUUUUAUUCCCAACUGAAACCGCUUUGUCGCUCAAGAUACAGCCACCCAUUGACCUUUUCUUGUCUAAUUCAGACAUGUUGGUAUAUUCAACUAUGCAUUCAUACCUCCUCGGUAUUCGCCGGGCUCAACUACGAUUGGGCAGUCUUUGGAAACACACAACCAUGCGUCGUCUACAUCCAUCCCCUCUCGGACCGCCCCGGAGCAAUACUCGUGGAGGUCAAUAUCACUUGCAAACACAACGGCAAAGACAUAAUGAGCGAAGUGUUCAAAUGCGACAGGUCUGGGCUACUGCAAGUGCCUCAUUGUUUGUUCUCUCAGAAAUUGGAGGCUACUUGCAAGGCGAAGUAAUUCAAGAAUCAUGGCAACAUUUCCAGACUUGGCUCGAAAGAGGGCCAGCGUUUCCUGCUAUGAGCACAUCGCGACCCGGAUCGCAGCACGAUUCGUUGGUAGCAUCGAGAGGCGGCUUCAUGCAGCAGAAACAAUUAAGACCAUCCACAGCAAACUCAGCAGUGACACCAACACAACAGCAUGAUCCUGAAACAAUCACAGUUGCGCAUCGUCGAUAUCUUUCUUCCCUUACACAGUCUCUUUUCCUUAGCGAGGUUCCAUUCACUAGCUCUCUGAGAUCCUUCCUUACUAGUCUCGACCAUCUCAUUGCUCUCGUUUCUCGGCUGGAGACUGUCCAACGUAACCUCGACCUAGAGGCCGAUGAAGGUGUCGUGGAUGCAUUGGCAGACUAUGGAAAAGAAGAAAGCGCAAUCAAGGAUGACUUACGAGACGCGCAUGAAGCAGUUCAGACUAGAAUCAAAGAUAUCAUUUCACGUCUACGUGAUAUAGAUGACAGCCGGUCUGUCGAUCAGGGUCAUGGAAGAAUGUUUGGGGCUACAGAGUCUGGAGGGUCAAGGGAAGAUCGGAACAUGUACAUUCCUCGCAAAUCGGCUGGAGUUGAUCAAUUGUUAAUGAAGUUGGACUUUGCGGGGUUGAAUGACAAUCCCGAGAUAAAUGACGACGAAGAUGAUGGUGAUAUUGUGCAUGGUCAUGAUUGA